CUCAAAGCACAUAGACACACACAUACAGACCCAACAUCAAGCCUUUGGUCUAAUGAAGUGUGGCGUUGUCAGUACAUUCAUCUAGGAGUUCCUCCGCCUAUAUCAAUGACCAAAUCUGCUCACCAACUACCCACUGCAUUAACCAACUGAGUUUCUCCUCAACCCGGCGGAGGGACGCAUCCUACACGCCAAUUUCAGAUGAACAUGUUUCACACAGCCACGAAACGCUGUUUCACAAUCGAGUCUUUAGUGGCGAAGGACAGUCCUCUGUCGCCGGAGGAACCGCUUCGUCCCACCGCUCUCAGUUAUCCGCCUUCCGCCGAUGCGUUCCCCAACACCUUCCAGACAGCGGGGCGCUCUCUGUACUCUGGGCCGGACCUAAUGUUCCAGGAGACGGUCAGUCACCCCUCGCUGCCUGUCCACCCCCACCAGCUCGGGACCCAUCACUUGCAAAGCCCACAUCCGUUCUUCUCGUCUCAGCACAGAGACCCCCUCAACUUCUACCCCUGGGUCUUAAGGAACCGAUUAUUCGGACACAGGUUUCAAGGGACGGACGGUGCCCAGGACACUAUGUUACUGCAUGGACCUUUCGCCAGGAAGCCCAAGCGGAUCCGUACCGCCUUCUCACCGUCGCAGCUGCUGCGCCUGGAGAGAGCCUUCGAGAAGAAUCACUACGUGGUGGGCGCUGAGAGGAAGCAACUCGCCAGCAGUCUGAGUCUGUCAGAAACCCAGGUGAAGGUGUGGUUUCAAAACCGGAGGACAAAAUACAAACGGCAGAAGUUGGAGGAGGAGGGUCCCGACUCUCAGCAGAAGAAGAAAGGCUCCCACCACGUCAGCCGCUGGAGGCUGGCCACCAAACAGUCCAGCCCUGAGGACAUAGACGUCACCUCAGAGGACUAGGCAGGAGAGGAGCGAGUACGGAGGAGAUUUACACAAAUAGCAUAUGGACAUUUCCAACAGUUUAAGGAGAACAGAGAAGAAUUUUGCAGACCAACGCGUUGACGAUCAUUUGGGUGCCCUGAGCAAAAAAAAAUGUUGUGGAGGCCAGAUCUGAAAAUGCACUUCGUGUCGUGGAUGGAAGUGUGAGGAUCUUUGCCAGUGACGUUUAACCAUCCGCUGUAUAUACAUAUAUAAAUAUAUAUUAUAUUAAAAGUUAUCUGAAAACAAUAAACUUUUUUAAUUUAUUUGAUGUUCCUCUUUGAGAAGUGGCUCUUGUAAGCAGAAAAGAGGGCUACGAGAUUUGAGACCUUGGUCCACUCAGCUGUCAUGGUGUUGGGGGUGGGGGCGGUGGGUGGCGGUAACGAAGGAGAAGAGUUCUGGGUUUACAGACGGAAGUUGUUGCUGUAUUCAGGUUGCAAGCUUGCUGUGUCCCACUGCCCACUAACAGGGACUUCCCGUGCAGGAAAUGUUUGCAGAAGCCCCGAUGUACGUGCAAUUAUGAGGGUGUCACACGUGUCAUUGCAAGGUAGAUGUGGUUAGUGGUUUACCCGUGACAUUUCUGCGUCUUCACCCCUGCUCUUGUGAAUCACCGACUGUCACUGGGACAGGGUCACUGCUCCCGCCAUCCCUUAAAUUCAGGACCUUAUUCACAAAACGUUCGACCUGUUGGAGGUGCAGUCUAAUCGAUCCUCAACUCCGACACACACACACACUCACACACACACACACACACACACACACACACACACACACACACACACACACACACACACACUCACACUCACACACACACACUCACACUCACACACGCACAUACACACACACUCACACACACACACUCACACACACACACUCACACGCACACACACAAACUCAGACACACACACACACAAUCACACACACUCAGAUACACACACACACUCACACAUACACGCAGAAUCAGAUAGAUGCUUACAGAAAUAGACGCAGGUACAGACAUAGACAGAUACAGAGAUAAACAGACAUGAAACACAUACAGAACAUAUACACAGACAUAGUCAAACCCACACACAAAAUACAGUCAACCACACAAAUUUCACACACUCAAAAGACACAACACACAUCCACACUUAGACACACACAGACCUGUGCACAGACACAUGUGACUUUAUGCGCACACACACACAGACUCACACUCUCACACACAUACACAAACUCAUACUCUCUCACACACACACACUCACACACACAUACAUUCACACACACACACACAUGCGUGCACACAUACACACACACACACACACACACACACACACACACACACACACACAACACACACUCUCUCACACACACACACACACUCACACACGCAUACACACACGCGUGCACACACUCACACACACUCUCUCACACACACACACACACCCACCCAUUAACGGGGAUACCUAUUGAGACAGCUCCUGUGGAGAAUCUGGUGUUGCGGGUUAAUUCUCUAUGACAAGGCUUUGGUUGAACACACUCCCACUGAGCUGGACUAACGUGGGCUCCUCACUGUGAUCCCAGGCUCGUUCCCCCUUCCCCGAAAGCCAACUGUAAAUAGCUGUGAUGUAGUUCAUGAUGGAGAAAUGAUGUGUACGUCAGAAAGUUAACAAUUAUUAUUUUGCUUCCCCCUGCGUUCUCUGGAACCUCAGUACACGAAUAAAGGAUUGUAAUAUUUCCUA